UUUUUGUUGUCAUAUUUUUGUUUGCAUCCGCAUCGCAUUCGCGCACCACUUGGCGUUUGCGGAGCGCAGAGUUGCAGCCACCGCUGUCCAGCCGUUCCAUCCUCCUCCCGCCACGCUGCCGCCACCGCCCACUCCAUUCUUCUCUCUCUUCCUUUCCCCGAGAUUCCCGUUGCCGUCUUCUUCUUCCGCCUCUCCUUCCCAGCAGCCAAUCGCAGAUUCGCAGUUCCCAAUUUGAUUACUACUGGGGUUUACUUUGAUUCUUCUUUUGCCUUUUCCCCCCGGUUCCGUCGUUAUUCCAUCCCUGCCGGCAGAGAAUCCGAAAUCGUGUUCCGCCGGCGACGUCGUGGUGUGUGGAUAAGCGGUGACUUCGCUUUUGAAAUUCUGAUCCCUUAGUUUUUAGAUUAGAGAGAGGGAGAGAAAGGGACAGAAAUAUAUAGGAGGAUCUUAGCGGGGAAGUUAGAUUUUGAUUAGCGGCUACUUCGGAUUUGGAGUUUGCUUGGUGCUGAAGGCGGCGGCGAUGCUGCUGCUAUUUAGAUUCGAUUGAUCGGCGUAUUGAAUUCCGGCGUUUUAGGUUCGCAGUGGAGGUGGAGUUUGUUCUUGGUUUCACUCUUCUCGAUUGGAUAUUUUGCUCUGCGGGGAAGAGGAGAAGAAGAAGAAGGUUCAGUUAGUCGACAUGGUGACCACCAAUUUGUUUCACUAUAGAAAGCAUUCAUGGCCGACAGAGGAGUACAUCAAUAGAGCGACCUUGCAAUUGUUUGAUUUUGAUAGUGCUGCGCCUCCAGAACACGCCUGGAGACGUAAAUUGAACAGCCAUGCCAAUUUACUCAAAGAAUUUAGCGUUACCUUUAGGGAAGCAAUCAAGAUGGUACGGCUGGGUAUACGCCUAUGGUCGUAUGUUAGAGAGGAGGCCUCGCAUGGAAGGAAAGCACCAAUAGAUCCCUUCACUAGAGAAAGUUGCAAGCCAUCAGCAUCUCAUGGAGUUCCGCUUGGUGGAAUGGGGAGCGGAAGCAUAUCCAGAGGGUUUAGGGGAGAGUUCAAACAAUGGCAAAUUGUACCUGGUUCAUGUGAGCCUUCACCCAUCAUGGCCAAUCAGUUCUCUAUUUUUGUUUCUCGGGAUGGAGGAAAUAAAAGCUAUGCAUCAGUCUUGGCUCCUGGGCAGCAAGAGGGUAUAGGGAAAGCUGGUGAUCCUGGUAUAUCCUCAUGGGACUGGAACUUAAGUGGCCAGCAUUCAACAUAUCAUGCACUGUUCCCAAGGGCUUGGACAAUAUAUGAUGGUGAACCAGACCCGGAUUUGAAAAUCUCAUGCAGGCAAAUUUCACCAUUUAUACCACAUAAUUAUAGAGAAAGUAGUCUUCCUGCCGCCGUAUUUGUAUACACGUUGGUCAACACUGGCAAAGAAAGAGCAAAAGUUAGCCUGCUCUUCACCUGGGCGAAUUCAAUUGGAGGUGUCUCGCACUUGUCUGGAGAUCACAUUAAUGAACCAUUUGUAGGCGAAGACGGAGUCUCUGGUGUACUUCUACAUCACAAGACCGCAAAGGGAAAUCCUCCUGUUACAUUUGCUAUCGGUGCAUGUGAGACACAGAAUGUAAAUGUGACUGUCCUGCCAUGCUUUGGGUUGUCUGAAGGAAGCUACGCCACUGCAAAGGAUAUGUGGGCUCAGAUGGUGAAGGAGGGGCAAUUUAAUAGGGAGAAUUUCAAUUGUGGACCGAGCAUGCCUUCAUCAGUUGGAGAGACGCUGUGUGCUGCAGUUUCAGCUUCAACGUGGGUUGAACCUCAUGGGAAAUGCACAGUAGCAUUUUCUCUCGCUUGGUCAUCUCCAAAAGUGAAAUUUAAGAAGGGGAGCUCCUACAACAGGAGAUACACCAAGUUCUAUGGUACUUCUGAAAGAGCGGCACAGAAAUUGGUUCAUGAUGCAUUGACAAACUACAAAAAUUGGGAAGAGGAGAUUGAGAAGUGGCAAAAUCCUAUCCUUAGGGAUGAAAGACUACCAGAAUGGUAUAAAUUCACUUUGUUUAAUGAGCUCUACUUUUUGGUGGCUGGUGGAACAGUUUGGAUCGACUCCACCCUGCCAGAACGUAUGGCAAAUGGUCGUCGUCAAAAGCUAACUCAUGAAGAAGGCCCAGAUGCCAGUGUGAUUGAAGCCCAAGUCGGGGCCGAUGGAGAGAAUAUUGAGCGUACCACAGUUGAUAGCGUUAGUGCUCAUAGUAGUGCUAAUAGCUCAGACGAAAGUGACGAGUCAUCUCAUGAAGAGAAUGCUUCCCAAGGAGUUCAAGACAAAAGAGAGCCCAACCAUUCGUUACAUCCUCUUGCAGUACCAGACCCGUUUAUCGACAGUGACAACGUAGGCAGGUUUCUCUACUUGGAAGGAGUUGAAUACAUAAUGUGGUGCACAUAUGAUGUGCAUUUCUAUGCAUCAUUUGCACUCUUGGAGCUUUUCCCCAAGAUCGAACUCAGUAUUCAGCGGGAGUUUGCUAAAGCCGUGUUAUGCGAGGAUGGAAGGAAGGUCAAGUUUUUGGCAGAGGGUAAUGUUGGGAUUCGUAAGGUCAGAGGUGCCAUCCCACAUGACCUUGGAACUCAUGAUCCAUGGAAUGAGAUGAACGCCUACAACAUUCACGAUACGAGCAAGUGGAAGGAUCUCAACCCGAAGUUUGUGCUUCAGGUAUACAGGGACUUUGCUGCAACCGGGGACAUGGGUUUUGGAGUUGAUGUGUGGCCUGCAGUUCGCACCGCCAUGGAAUACAUGGAACAAUUCGACAGAGAUGAUGAUGGUCUCAUUGAGAACGACGGGUUCCCAGAUCAGACUUAUGACACGUGGACCGUCCACGGAGUCAGUGCCUACUGUGGUGGCCUAUGGCUUGCUGCUCUUCAAGCUGCAGCUGCGAUGGCUCUUCAACUAGGCGACAAAUAUUUUGCGGAGCUCUGCAAGAGCAAAUUUGUGAAGGCGAAAGUGGCUUACGAAUCGAAACUAUGGAAUGGUUCGUACUUCAACUACGACAGCGGGUCCAGUAGCAACAGCAAGUCUAUACAAGCGGAUCAGCUAGCUGGGCAAUGGUACACUGCAUCUUCGGGAUUGCCUCCACUUUUCGACGACCUCAAAAUCAAGAGUUCUCUGCAGAAGGUAUACGAUUUCAAUGUGAUGAGAGUCAAAGGUGGCAAGAUUGGAGCCGUGAAUGGGAUGCAUCCCAAUGGAAAGGUGGACGAGACGUGUAUGCAGUCUCGCGAAGUAUGGACAGGUGUCACGUACGGGGUGGCUGCUACGAUGAUCCUUGCCGGGAUGGAGGACAAGGCCUUUGCCACUGCCGAAGGCAUUUUCACUGCUGGAUGGUCGGAGGAGGGCUACGGGUACUGGUUCCAAACUCCAGAAGGGUGGACCAUGGACGGACACUACCGGUCUCUCGUCUACAUGAGGCCACUUUCGAUCUGGGGAAUGCAAUGGGCACUGUCGCUCCCCAAGGCCAUCCUCGACGCCCCGAAGGUAAAUAUAAUGGAGAGACUGAUGCUGUCUCCUAGCGCGAGAUUCUCGCAGAACGAAAGCGGUGUGAGAAGGAUCGCGACCAAGGCUAAGUGCUUUGGGAACUCCGUCUUCAACUGUUCCUGCUGAUUGAUUAAUACUAUAUAUAUAUACAGAAGAUCACCUGUAAGUUACCUCCAUUUUCUUCUUUCUCUGUAAAGUAAAGAAUCUGUUGUUCUCUGAAUCUCACCUUCCCAAAACUUGGGAAUGACUGAAACGUGAUGCAAUAAGUAGGCUGUCAGCUUAUUUUUUAAUACAGAACUAUACAUAGGAGUCGUCUUGUUUCCACUUUUCCCCUCACCGGAUCGAAUCGGUACACACUGAGAAUAACUUCCCUUCCCCCAGAAUGUGAUGUCCCACCAGUCGACGAAAGUAUCAGUCGAGACUCGUAUGCCUGUGUUUGUACCUCUGUCAGCUUGGGUCAUUGCAAGUUGCGGAAAUGAAAGGAGACUUAUGUCGCAGGUCGUGGUCAUUCAACGGCUUAAACGUCCCGUUGAACAAUUCUUGUAACGUGAUUGAUGCGUAGUGUGGUUUUUUUCCUCCGAAACAUUCCGUUAGUCAUGAUGCGCGCCGAUCGAUCAACUUAACGUCGAACUGCUCUACACUGCAGACCAUCGGACGAUAUGCCGACUCUGUACGAAACCGCACGGUUCUGGAAAAAUUUGCCUACCGACUGCAAAAGUGGGGAAAGGGCCACCAUC